CCCCCCCUGAGUGUCUGCCUCUGCUUCCUGUAGGGUGAGAGGAAGACACGAAGAGCCAACAUGGGAGUAGAGAUUGAGACCAUAACUCCGGGAGAUGGACGGACCUUUCCGAAGAAGGGGCAGCGCGUCGUGGUUCAUUAUGUCGGCACACUGGCAGAUGGGAAGGUGUUCGACUCCUCGAGGUCCCGGGGGAAACCGUUCAAAUUCAAGAUUGGACACCAGGAGGUGAUUCGAGGCUGGGAGGAAGGAGUAGCGCAGAUGAGUGUGGGUCAGCGGGCGAAGCUGAUUUGCUCUCCGGACUUUGCGUACGGCAGCCAGGGACACCCGGGCAUCAUCCCGGCCAACGCCACGCUCACCUUCGACGUGGAGCUCAUCGGCCUGGAAGCCUGAACUCUGCUCACUUUCAAUUCCACUCAAAAUAUCAGGGUUGACUCCUCUCUUCGGGAACAUGGAGGAACGGAUGGUUCCUGCUCUGACCCCAUAGGACCUGGGUCUCUUCACCUCUUCACUCUCCUCUCGUCUAGAAACCGUGUCUUCUGUCACUUGCUUUAAAAACGUUACCCUCCAUGUCUAUUCCUUAGCUUCCAUACAGUAAUAAGUCAUAGCCCCCCCCCCCCCACCCCCACCCCCUGUGUUUCGUCUGCUAUGUAUUUUUACGGUGAUGUUUUUUAUUUUUUUAUUUGCCUUGAUAAAUGGUGUCUGCCACCAGGAGCAGCUUUUAGAGAACACGUGUCAUAAAUAUCAAUCGGUGUCAUUCCUGUGGCUCUGUGGCCUUUACAAAUCCUAUUGAUUGCAGGUUAGGAAUCGUCUUUUUAAAUGUGAUACUUGAUCACUUCAAUUUAAAGUAUGAACAGGUUGUAAACCAGGGAUUCAUGAAUCAAGCACAUUAGCUCUUCGUCUGUCUGCAGCUUCAUUUCUUAAUUUAUAAGAGUAAAGGACUAUCGCUGGAACAGUCGCAGCGUCGGCGGUCCUGUCGACGGCUCGUCAAACACCCGGGGAACGUUCUAUUCUUUAAGCACGAACAGAAGGUUCUGCUGCACGAAAGUCUCUGGUCUCUGGUUUAAAUAAAGGUUUUAAAAGGUGCUGGGGGGGGGGGUUCCCCGCGGAGAUCUGUCGGCACAUCGUGGGGUUUGUGAUUAUCUUUGUUUGAAGGAGUUGUGUGUAACAAGCUGUGGAUGAUGUUGUAAAGGUCUGUUCUUUACUCUAAACACAUUAAAAGAGUAAUUUUAACACAA